AUGCUGGAUAAAGAACUGAUGAAGGGCAACGUCAGUGGAGCUAAAGUGAGUAUCAGAAGUCCAGCCUUAACUCAUGUUAUGUAUGCCGAUGACAUUGUCCUUUUCUCAAAAGCGACGAGGCAUGAUGCUAGAACUCUCUCCACCUGUUUGGAAAAAUACUGUGACUGGUCUGGGCAGAGCAUUAAUAGAGCCAAAUCAAGUAUUUUCUUCUCUAAACACAUAUUGGCUGAAAAUAGAAGAGCAAUUAAGCUGGAAUUUGGAAUGAGGAAGCUGAAAAAAGAUGCCAUUUAUCUAGGAGCCCCUUUGUUCCCCACAAGAUCACCAUCCAGAGAUUUUAAAUUCUUGGAGGAUAAAUUGGAAGCCAAACUAGUUGGCUGGAGAAGUCGUUGCCUUUCAUGGGCUGGUAGAGCCACUCUUAUCAAAACAGUAGCCCAUAGUAUCCCUACAUACACCCUAUCAGCAUUCAAUGUGCCGUCAAACAGCUGUAACAAGCUAGAUGCAGCUACUAGGCAGUUUUGGUGGAAGCCUAAAGAUAGAGGCAGCAGAUACAUUGCGUGGGCAUCAUGGGACAAACUAUGUCGUCCCAAAAAAUUUGGUGGACUGGGUUUCAAGAAAACAAAGGAGAUGAACUUAGCUUUGAUAGCUAAAUUUGCAUGGUUCGUGGCCUCGAAUAGACAAAGUUUGUGUAUGGAUGUGUUGAGAUCCAAAUAUAAAGUAAAUAGUGGCUGGUUGACAGCGAAUUCAGUGGCUAUUGCUUCUCCAACUUGGAGAGCUAUUGAAGAAGCAAAGAAGCUUGUAACGAAGGGUGGAUGUUUUAUUAUUGAGAAUGGUAAAUCAGUUCAGGUGUGGUCAGACCCUUGGGUGCCUGAAGCUGUAAAUUUCAUGCCUCAACCCAAACUUGAGGAAUACAGAAAGUUGACCAUUAAAGUCAGCGAGCUCAUUGACCCCACUACCAAAUCAUGGAUCUCAGAUUGGGUGAAGGAACUAUUUGCUCCAACCGAUGCAAGAGCCAUUCUUAACAUGUCUAUUCCAAUGUCACAGAAGGAAGAUAAGUUAGUGUGGCUCCCAGACUCAAAAGGUCGGUUCUCAGUUAAAUCCAUCCAUAAUGUUGCUUUUGCUCAUCCUGACUGUGCAAGGCAGAACAUCCAAACCAGAUUCAAUGAAAUUGUUAAAGUCUCUUCGUCAACUACCCAACAUCCCAAAGAGAUAAUUAGCAAGAAUUGGACUCCACCCCCUUCUGGCUACAUCAAGCUCAAUGUGGAUGCUGCAAUCCAGCAAGACUCAAGCUCUGCCUUAGCAGUUGUUGCAAGGAAUCACUUGGGUGAAGUGCUAUCAAUCUGGGCCAAAAAGCAUCACAGCUCCUCCCCUGCAAUUGCUGAAGCUGAAGCACUUUAUUGGACUGUGAACUUAGCGGUUAAGGAGGGAUGGAAAUCUGUGAUUUUUGAAGGAGAUGCAAAGAACUGUCUUGAGCCACUCAUCAACCCGGACUUUCCAUCAGAUUGGCUUACUCACAAUAUUAUCUGUAAUGUUCGUAGUUUAGUUGUUGCUUUUGAUUUUGUCAAGUUUUGUUGGGUACGGAGAACAUGCAACUCGGCAGCGCAUGUAGCUGCCAAGUUUGCGCUGAAAUCUGAUUUUGAGUUUCGUUUUAAUAAAGGAAAUCUCCCACCCUCGUUAGAGGCUGUUUGUAGGGAUGAUUCCGUUGCUUGUAUUCCUGUUUUACUCUAA